GCGGAGCCGCGCCCAGGGCCGGGAGGGCCCGAGGACCCCGGCUAGCCCCGGCUCCACGGAGGAACUGACUGCUACUUUCCGGUUGUGUGUCCCCUGCAGCAGAGUGUGACUUGUGCGCUGUGCUGAGGACUGACCUGCCCUGCAUCACUUCUGGGAGGUGAUAGUAUGAAAACCCCCCACCCCCAAGGUUCUACACAGGCCCUUGCAGGAAGAAUCACUGAAUGGCUGACAUUUGACAACAUGCACCACCAGUGGCUUCUGUUGGCCGCAUGCUUUUGGGUGAUCUUCAUGUUCAUGGUGGCUAGCAAAUUCAUCACAUUGACCUUUAAAGACCCUGAUGCAUACAGCGCCAAACAGGAGUUUCUGUUACUGACGGCUAUACCAGACACAGGAAAGCUGCCCAGGGAGAAACAAUUUCCUGAGGAACUGAAGCCAACUGGGAAGAUGCUUUCAGACAGCCGGCUUGUCCAACCUCUGGUCUACAUGGAACGCCUAGAACUCAUCAGAAAUGUCUGCAGGGAUGAAGCCCUUAAGAAUCUGUCACACACAGCAAUCUCCAAGUUUGUCCUAGACCGAAUAUUUGUCUGUGACAAGCACAAGAUUCUUUUCUGCCAGACUCCCAAAGUGGGUAACACCCAAUGGAAGAAAGUGCUGAUCGUGUUAAAUGGAGCAUUUCCUUCCAUUGAAGAGAUCCCUGAAAAUGUGGUUCACGACCAUGAGAAGAAUGGCCUCCCUCGGCUCUCUUCCUUCAGUGAUGCAGAAAUUCAGAAGCGCUUGAAAACAUACUUCAAGUUUUUUAUCGUAAGAGAUCCCUUCGAAAGACUGAUUUCUGCAUUUAAAGAUAAGUUUGUUCAUAAUCCCCGCUUUGAACCUUGGUACAGGCAUGAGAUUGCCCCUGGCAUUAUCAGGAAAUACAGAAGGAACCGGACAGAGACCAGGGGCAUCCAGUUUGAAGAUUUUGUGCGUUAUUUGGGUGAUCCUAACCACAGAUGGCUGGACCUUCAGUUUGGGGACCACAUUAUUCACUGGGUGACAUACGUAGAACUGUGUGCACCCUGUGAAAUAAAGUACAGUGUGAUUGGCCACCAUGAGACCCUGGAGGAUGAUGCCCCAUACAUCUUAAAAGAAGCUGGCAUAGACCAUCUGGUGUCCUACCCAACCAUCCCUCCUGGCAUUACUGUGUAUAAUAAAACCAAGGUGGAACACUACUUUCUGGGCAUCAGCAAACGAGACAUCCGGCGUCUGUAUGCACGUUUUGAAGGGGACUUUAAACUCUUUGGGUAUCACAAGCCAGAUUUUUUGCUUAACUAAUGCAUAGGGCUGUGAAUUCAAAUAUCUUGGUUAGACCAGAGACCAGCCAGGUGAAUAUGACCACAGAAAUGACAUUUCUUCCAUCAUACUCCUUCUGAAGACUCUGGCAGUGUCCCAGAGACCUGUGCGUGAUUGAUCCCCUGAAGCUGGACCCUGACUGUUACAAUUAAGUUUGGACAUAAGGUGCUCUGAAGGCCCUGACUCCCCAUGCCUACCAAUGCCAUUUGGACUUUGCUUUUCUCAAAAAGGGAAAAAGAUUAAACACUUGCAGUCUAACAGAGCAAGAGGGAAAAUUACAUGGCAUUAGGAUUCAUUUUCCUCAUUUGUCACAGAGGUGGACACUCUUGCAGCUCUGUGGAUGGGGGGGCCUUCUGUCACUGGUGGAUUGCAGAAAUAGCACCAAGCACUUUCAGGAGAGAUGGAGAAGCUAAUGGUCUGCAAAAUGACAGAGGCUAAUACAAGAUCAAAUCUGAGUAAUAAAAUCACCCCUGGUUUUUGUCUUGUCGCUGCUAUAAUCACAGAGGCAAACUAUUCUUGCACGACGGUUUUGUUCCUGUGACCUGUGAAAUUCAGGGAUGACCCAGGGGCACUUUACAGUGAUCCAUCUUUUCAGAAUACAUGCUUGAGUACUGCUCAUUCAUAGUUCUGAACCUCUCUUUGCCAAGUAGUAAUCUCAUUCAGACCAAGAGAUCCAGUUUUGGAAAAUGAGGGGAGUGUAUUUUUUUUUCCAUCUGUGAAAGGGAACAUCUUUCUGAGCCUUAAAAAAAGAUUGUGUAGGAAAAGGAAGAAUUGGUUGGGUUCUGGAGUCCAGGCUUCUGUGGUUUGGGCACAUCCAUCUUGUCUUUGGCCAUCCCACUGGAUGGGACUAGGGGGUUCUCUACCUGUCUUCUUCAGGGUACUCCCUGAGGCUGAAGACAAAUACAGGCAUCGUGUCAGCAUUGCAGAAUCAGUGCAGCUUACAUAUUUCAACUUCCUUUUUCAGCGAAGUGCUUACCACUGGACCCAUUUCUGAUAAUGCCAUAAUCCUGGACUAAAUGGCUCUAAGUUGGAUAACCAAGUUCACCAGCAAUAAAAUCCUGGGCUGAGGCAGCCUCCAGUAACAUCUUCCAGGCAGUGAUGAGCAAACCAUGCUACCAUGUUAGAUGCCUGGCAAGGAAGACUCUUGAGAUUCAGGACAGUUUCCCCUUGAAAAGUCCCAAGUACCCAAUUCUGGACAGUGCCUGUGAGCCCAUCUCUCCCAGGCAGCCUCAACCUUCCCUUUCUCAAAAUGGCUUCGUGAAUUUUGUAAAUGUGUAAGUAAAAUAAAACUUAAAAUAUGUGCCAAACCUGACACGUUCUGCAGUUCCAGGGGAUGGUGCCUAGGGACCACACGUGGUUUCUGAGGCCUGGUGACAAUGCUGGGCAGCACAGGCUCUCUGGGAUGGCUACUGGGAUGGCUUCCUUCCAUGGAAGGAAGCAAGAACCAUGUACUACCAGCCACAGUGUUGAUGAAGGGGCAGUUGGUGGUAGCCUUUAUCCUCUACUGACAUGCAAAGGAUGUCAUUUAGUUAUUUUUCUAUACCAUUUCAGCAAAAUUGUUAAAAUCAUUUCAUUUCUAAUGAGUUGAUUGAUUACCUCUUCCCUGUUUGAAAUGUACCUGUGAAUAAUGUAUGUGAAUUUAAGGCCUUAAAAGUUAGUCCUAAUUUUUAAAAAGUUCUAUCUAUCUUCUGUCAGAAACUAAAGUUGACCAUCUGCCUCCACCUUCCCCCCCACCCCUCAGCCUUUAGAUUUAGGUACUUUUCCUCUGGCAUUUGGGUCAUUUUUCUAACAUUUUGCCAAACAAGUAGAGAUUGCCACCAGCUUGCCAUCUGGGACUACUCUCAGUGUCCACUAGGACUCCCCAUCACCACCUUACCCACUGCUUCUGACCCCACACCUGGUCCCUGUACAGCCCUUCAACCUCCACUGAGUUUUUUUU